GUGGCUUUUCAAAGAUAACCAGAGAGCAACAGGCGGUUUGGAGCUGGAGGGUGCUGCCUGGAGAGAUAAGUGAUCAGUGAUUGUUCAUCCUGAGCGUCAGACCGGGCUGUUCCUUCCUCUGUGGUGGUGGUGGACUCUCGGAACUCCACAUUGCUGUCCUCUGGUUCCUCUUUUCUCUCGUCCUGUGAUCUCUCUCAACCGCCACCAUGAAUCUGUCCCUGGCCACGGCGUUCGCCAGGCGCUGGUGGAUGGCAGUGACGGCCAUCAUUGAGAAUCUGCUCUUCUCUGCCGUGCUGUUGGGAUGGGGAUCACUCCUCAUCAUGUUGAAGUCAGAGGGUUUCUACUCUUACCUUUGCAACGAGGAAGGCAACAGUUCCAUCUCCAAUCUGUCCCUUCCCCUUGCCACUUCGGCACCCGAUGACUAUGCUGAAUACUCUGAGAAUGAGGCUGGCGUGGUUGGUCUGGGAGACGGGGUGGAGAUGAGGCCCCUGGUGCCUAUGGAUGGGCCCCUGAAAAUGAACGGUUGGCUGAUUUGUAAAGAACAGGAUGAGAUGCUGAACCUGGCGUUCACAGUGGGCUCCUUCCUGCUCUCGGCCAUCACCCUGCCCCUGGGGAUCGUCAUGGAUAAAUACGGGCCUCGCAAUCUCAGACUGUUGGGCAGCAUGUGUUUCGCAUUCUCCUGUCUACUCAUUGCUUAUGGAUCCUACAAUCCAAAUGAACUGUCGGUCCUUAUCUUCAUUGCCCUGACUUUCAAUGGCUUUGGGGGCAUGUGUAUGACCUUCACCUCUCUCACACUUCCUAACAUGUUUGGUGACCUCCGUUCCACCUUCAUCGCCCUGAUGAUUGGCUCCUAUGCCUCCUCCGCUGUCACCUUCCCUGGUGUCAAGGUUAUCUACGACCUCGGCAUACCCUUCAUCACUAUCCUGGUGGUGUGGGCUGCCUGUGCUGGACUGGUCUUCUUGAACUGCUUCAUGAACUGGCCACUGGAGCCGUUCCCAUCACCAGAGGACAUGGACUACAAUGUGAAGAUUAAGUUCAGCUGGCUGGGCUUCGACCAUAAAAUCACAGGGAAGCAGUUCUACAAACAGGUGACCACCGUGGGCCGGCGUCUCAGCGUGAGCAACAGCAUCAAGCAGAAGGAACUGGCCAUAACUGACGGAAACAAGCUCUGCCUCUCUACCAUGGACCUGGAACUGCAAAGCAAAGACGAGUCCCAGUCCUUCUUGAAAACCAUCUCCAGCACGAUGUUCAUGCUCAGUCUGGUGACCAUGUGUGUCACUCAGCUCCGUCUCUUGUUCUACAUGGGAGCCAUGAACAGCGUCCUGGAGUCACUCAGCGAUGGAGACCUCAACACAGUGGAAAGAAUGGAAGUCGUGGGUCUGUACUCCUCCAUCUUCGGUAUUAUGCAGCUGCUUUGCCUGAUGACCACUCCUGUGAUUGGUCAGAUUAUGGACUGGAAGCUAAAGGAGUGUGAUGAAGGAGAGGACGAAAAGGAACCCUGCAGCAACGGGGGGAAGACAAAAAAGCGAAGAGACAAAAAGACACAGAAGGUGACCAAUGCCCUGCGAGCUUUCGUCCUCACAAACGUCCUUCUAGUAGGGUUUGGGAUCACCAGUCUGAUACCCAAUCUCCCCGUACAGAUUGUCUCAUUCGUUUUACACACUGUGGUGAGAGGAUUCAUUCACUCUGCUGUUGGUGGCCUCUAUGCUGCUGUGUACCCCUCCUCUCAGUUUGGCAGUCUAACGGGUAUGCAGUCCCUGGUCAGUGCUGUGUUUUCUUUACUGCAGCAACCCCUGUUUCUGUGGAUGAUGGGACCCCUGGAGGGAGACCCCUUCUGGGUCAACAUUGGACUCCUUGUUAUCAGCAUGCUGGGCUUCUUGCUGCCUCUCUACCUGAUGUGGUACAGACGGACGCUCCACAAAGAGCAGCUGCAGAGAGAGGACAACGCCAAGAUCUACUUAAGGAUCAACGGCAGCGACAUACCCGAGGCCUACGUCUAGAGAAAAGCAAAGGACAGCAGAUGAUUUUUACUGAAAAACAUUUGCAGCCCAGUAAUGCGUGCAUACAUUCACAUGCAAAAGGACAACUACAAAUCUUAACUUCUAGAAUAUAAAAUGUCAACCAAUUGCAUAUUCUACAACAAGUACACAUACAAACAGACUGACAAAUCUGUUAUUCCCAUGAAGAUAAAGAGACGAUGUCGUCAAACUAACAAUUCAGUUGGACAGUCGCUUUGGAGGACAGUGAAACGUGGAGGGAAAAAAGAAGAAACAAGAGGAAAGACUGUGAAAGGAAAGAGGCAUAAGCCCUCUGUAUUCCCCCCAAUCCUCUGACUUUUCUUUUUAUUCCCUCUUCUCUGAGCGGCACAUUAGUGAAGCUCUGUUCCACAUAACAGUGCUUUAAUUUUCCCUGUAUGAGCGAAAAAAUGAACAGGAGUUUUUUUGAAUCUCCUGAAUAUCCCCCUGUGACACUAACAAGACAGCUUGUUGUCACCAUUAUUUGUGAGUGAUUCCAAUUUUAUGAAUCUUUUUUUUUGUAUAUGUUGACUUUAAAUCAUCCUGAUUGUAAAUUCCAUAACCUGUCUUUUCCUCAACUGGAUUUUUUGGAGAGAUGGUGUGAGAUAAGAGUGGACUAAAUGGCAUCAAUAAGCGACAGCAUGGAGAGGUUGAUGUUUCUCGGGCGAAUACAAAAGAGACUCAUCAAUAAUGCAUCUAAUUAUAGUAAAACACUACUGUAGCUUAUGGCGCAUUUCCACUGCAGCGGGUAGCCCCGUUUAAGCGUCCUUAAUCGUCCUCAAGCGGCCAGGCCAC